GAGGUUACUGGUGGUAUCAUUACUUGGGCGCUGUUUCACCGCAGUAUAUAACCCGGUUUUGUGGUUAUGGGAGAUUUGCGCGAAAGAGUAGAGGCUGAUGGGGCACCAGCUAUUCAACCUCAAGUUACCCAGACUGCUCGAUAUGAACCCACAAUUGAACCAGCAAACGACGCGGACAAACUCCGACAAAGGCUGAACACGUAUGCACGAUGGACAAGUCAGAAGAGCGCAUUGCAGCUGGCAACUUCAGGAUUUAUAUACACAGGUAUCACGGACAAGGUCGAGUGUCAGUCUUGUGGUAUUCGGCUGUACAACUGGCAAGAUGACGAGGAUCCUCUCCAAGCACACAAGAAAUAUGCCCCGGAUUGUGAAUUCAUGACCAAGAAUUUCCCCCAGAUAAAAGCACCCCCGAAACCAACGAAGAUCCUCACAGUGAAGUACUCCCAUUACUCUGAUUAUGAAACGCGCCUGAGGAGUUUCGACUCGUGGCCACUGAAGUGUGUCGCCCAAAAACCCGAGAUGAUGGCCAGGUCAGGGUUUUUCUACAUAGGGUCAGCUGACCGGGCAAGGUGUUUUCACUGUGGUGUGACAUUGAGAGACUGGGAUACGGACGACUACCCACCAUGUGCACACAAGCAGUGGUCUGAGAACUGCCCUUAUGUUCAGCAACUUGAUGUGGAUGGAAUGAAAAAAGAAAUUGAAGAGUGGGAAAGGACUGACAAAUUGAGAAUUCAGUUUGAAAAUUCAACUUUUAUCGAUGUUAAUUCCAGCAAACUUAACAAUGUGAAUGUUGGUUGCUACGGUGCUGGUGACAUCACAGUUGACGGUGUUACAAGUGGUGCAGCGGCCAAUCCCCAAGUCCACUCCCAAGUUUCAGAUCCUUCUAAUGACGAUUUCGGAAAUAGCCCCGCGAUCCAGGCGGUCGUGGAAAUGGGUUAUUCUCAUGACAUGAUCAGGCAAGCCAUAGCCAUUAGAAGGAAAAAUGGAAAUGGGGAUUUUCCCGAUGCGGUUACACUCUUUCAAGCAAUCAUGGACGUUGAAGACGGAAGGUGAAAUCUUCAUGAAACACACCACGUUCCCAUUAACCAGGACCAUUCCACAAACCCACGUGGACCGUGCGAGAUGGUCCUCCCAGAGGUUGGUCCAGGUGGCUGAAGACAAAGGGCCACACACACACGGAAUUUAAACUUGAACACUGUUCAAUAACUGAAAACUUAUUAUAUGUAGUUCAAGUUCACAUUUGGUAUCGUUCUUAUGGCUGUGCAUUGCACUGUUAAUUAUUAUAGAUUGGCGCUUACAUUCGUCACAUUUAAUAGAAAACAUCUAAUGGGUUAUCCCGAAUAAACAUUCAGUCAUUGAAUAGCUUUGUGGGAGGGAGUUAGAAAAUAACUUGAGAGUUAAACAAUACCAACAGUUCUAUGACCAGUGUUAAAUUGGUUGUUUGAUAGAAGCUAUUCAUAUGAGUUAACUGUUUGUUUAGUGACGCGGGUUUGUCAUAGAGACAGUUUAACUGAUCUCACAAACCAAGACCUGACUGACGACUUAGCUCAGUCGACCCACACAUACAGUAAACUACGUUUAUAACGAACACGCUUAUAACGAACUGUUCUUUUGGUCCCAUCCAUUUGCUGUAUAUAUGUUGUAAAUAUGCUUAUAACGAACUAAAUUUAGUGGUCCCUUUGAGUUCGUUAUAACCGUAGUUUACUGUACUUGACUCCAUGGACAGCUACACACAUUUGUCCACAAAAUGGUCAUUUGGCCUCUGUACACCUUAUCAGUAUUGUUAACCACGGUGCUUUCACGCAUAGCGAUAAAUACAACAAAGUUGCAGUCAUCUGCAUAACAUGUACACAUGUAUAUUUGUAGAAUAUCAAAUAUAUACUGUGAAACCUCGUUAAUCCGGAUCGUACCGUCCCCAGUAAAAUCAUCACGAUCAAAGACUCGUAAGUGGGUUGGAGCGUCCUACUGAACUAAAUAUAGACGUUUCCGACAGUCAUCUCACGGAAUAAAUGGUUUCCAGAUUAAAGGGUACGGUAUCACAGUUCGCUUAAUCUCCGUAUAACUGGAGCUUAAACUAGUACACAAGAAAAAAGGUUAUUAUUUGUGUAUAAAGUCUGUGUGUAAUUUCAUGAGGGUGGUUCGGGAUUGGGGACAAUUACAGGUAGAUUCUGUGUAAUUAUACAUUGAGGUCCGACGUUUGUGUUCUUUUGGGGUUUUUUUCUUACGGAUUUGGGGCCCAAAAUUCAGGGUGAAGUGUUUGUUUUUAAGAUUAUCUUGUCAACAGGCUUAUAUAUAUAGAUGUUUAAUAAAUUUAAAACUACUUUCCAGAGUGACUUUGAUGAAAUCUAUGAUAUAAUCAUGGGGGAAAUCGUGUAUGAAAGGAGUUUAACAGCUUUUUAGCAAUACCGAUGUGAAGAACGCCUAGCCAUUGUUACACUUUUUUCGUUAUAUGAAAAAUAUGGAUUAAGAAUCCGGCUAAAGUGACCGACCAUUUCGUACUCAGGGGGGCAGCUGAGAUUUUGUAUAUUGCGUAAAUUGAAAAAAUAUUAACCUAAAUAAUAAAGCGAAAAAACAUUUUUUGUGGCCAUCAAUUUUUAUUUUUUAAGUCUGAACCAUAAUCAUUUUUUCAAGAAUUUUCUGGGACAAAUCAAAUGGCCGGUCCUAAAAUAAGUAACAUUACAAACAACGGUAUUCUCAUCGUUGUUGAAUUGCAUCUAUUGUUGAUCAAGGGAUUACUAAAGUAUUACUAUUUGUAAACUGGCUUCUCACCCCCGUGAUGAAUAUCAUAGAUUUCACAUUUCCCCGAUGUGGAUUUUUAUUUUAUCCUUAAUUAGAAAACAUGUUCAGUACACAUUUUCAUUUGUUGUAAUUUAUAUUGAUUGAUAUGUACAGCUUAAAAUAAAAAAUUCAAAUUC